UCAUGUAUUUGUUUAAGCAUCUACCAGUGCUGCAGCUGCUGCUGCAGUUCCAGCUGAUGAUGCUGCCACGGCUAGAGAUGAGACCCUCCUAUUGCCCAUCAGUAUCCACACCGAAUCCAGCUACAGCUUCUCCUCGGCCGCCACACACCCGGACACUAUGUGCAGCACCCCUGAUGGAGCAAGCAUUGGCCGAUCUACAGCUGAAGUCCGAAGGGCUUUGGGACCCCCUCCAAGAUCUACAAUCUCCUCCUCAGAUAUCGAACAUGCAUUUGAGGUUUCGGAGGAGAUCGACUGUUGUCUUCGAGUGAUGAGAGAUCUGACGGAGGAGUCGUCCCUGGGAGAGACACAAUAUCCCGAAUCACAGGAGCAGGGAAUCUCCCAGGGGACAUCAGAUAGGGAAUCUCUCAUCCGUUCUGCCCCUCCUGACCCAGAAGACACAGCUGCUCUGGAUCCUAGUGCCCCUCCUGCCCAUGUUGGUCAUGCCCCAUCAGCUCAUGGCCGUGCUGAUCCUGGCCACGAACUGCCUCCCAUCAAUGAUGAGGAGGCAGUUGUGGAAAUGUUCAAUAUGGCCAGGCAGUACCUGGAAGAUGACCAUGAGUUGCAUGGGGCAUUAAGAUUAUCUGUUGAGCAACAGGGGCAGAUAUUAGAGAGGGGCAUUACAGUAGAUAGGGAAAGAUUAGAUAUAGAGAGGGAAAAGUUGAGGAUAGAAUCAGCUAGAAUAGAUUUAGGGAGGGAAAGAUUUGUAUAUGAACGCCAUAGGGAUAGUGCAAGAUUAGAGUUAGAGAGGGAUAGAUUUAUUUAUGAAAACCAGAGGGAUAGUGAUAGAUUAAACUUUGAUAGGGAAAGAUUAGAAUUAGAUAGGGCCAGGGCAGCUGAAGAGCAGUUAGAACGCCAGCAUUGGGAGAGAGCAGACGAACACAACAGGGUUUUUAAUCGUCAAUUGUUUAUAACUUCUGGGAGAAGGGGAACAAGGGAGAGAUCACCCCCCUCUCUCCAUCACCCAAAAAAAAUUAGGGUGUUUUAAUUUGCUCAUUUUAUUAGGGUUUUUAAUAGGCACAUUAUUUUUAAGAUUACUUUUAUUAUGUAUGUUCUUCUUUUUAUUUGUAAUUUGUAUUUUGUAUGUGUUUUAUUCUGUCUGUGUUUUUAUGUUUUUAUUAUUUUUAAUUAAAACAUAUGAAUUUAAUAUGUUUUAAUUAUUAAUAAAUGUUUUUAUGUUGUUAAUAUUUUUAAUUAAAAAAUAUGAAUUUAAUAUUUUUUAAUUAUGAUUAAAUUUUAUGUAUUUUUUUAUAAAA